AUGUCUCAUCAAAUAUUGUCGGACUUCGAUAUCAUUUUUGCCGGAGGUGGUACUACAGCUUGUGUUGUCGCAGGCCGCUUAGCUUCAUAUGACCCCUCACUCAGGAUCUUGAUUCUGGAGGCGGGUCAGCACACCCUCAAUAAAGAUGCUCAUGUCCAACCCUGGCAAAUUCCCACCCACCAGGCACCGACGAGCACCUCAGUAACAUUCAACAUAGGAAAUCCCACUCCCCAUCUCAACGAUCGUGCACCGGUCGUUCUGAGCGGUCGUUGCGUUGGUGGGGGCUCAUGCGUGAAUUUCAUGGUAUACACUCGGGCACCUGCUUCAGAUUUCGAUGACUGGGGAGUAGAUGGUUGGGAAUCUAAGAAUUUAAUUCCCCUCAUGAAGAAGCUGGAGACAUACGAGGUGCAGCCCGAUCGCCCAACUCAUGGGUACGAUGGACCUAUCAAGGUGUCCACCGGUGGGUGUAAAUUGAGUCUCUGCGACGAGUUCAUCCAAGUUGGCACGACCUAUCACAAGAGGCAGUAUGCCGACGAUACCAACGAUUUAGAAACUUGCAAUACAUACAUGAGCUGGUACUCGUACAUUGACGGGACAACCGGAAGGCGUUCGGACGCGGCCCACAACUAUCUCUACAACCAAGCUCACAACCUGAAUAUACAAGUAUGGGACGGCAAGCGGGUGAAACGCGUCAUCGUCGAGAACAAGCGUGCUGUAGGUGUCGAGUUCACCAGCGAUCCAAUAUCUUUCCCGGGCACGGAUCAGUCGCCGAGCACUGUGAGAGCAUCGAAGCUUGUUGUUGUCUCUGCCGGGGCGUUCGGUUCCCCGGGAAUUCUCGAGAGGUCUGGGAUUGGUGCUGAGGCAGUCCUCAAGCGGUGCGGUAUCGAGCAACUCGUGAAUUUACCUGGGGUCGGAGAGAAUUAUCAAGACCACAAUCUCCUUUACGUCCCAUACUUGGCUGCUGACGAGGUUGUUACCAUGGACGCCCUCUGGCGUGGGGAGGAGAGCAUUUUACGGGAAAGCCUUGCGCAAUGGUAUAGCAAUGGCAAGUCAUUGAUCGCACAAAAUGGCCUCGAUUCAAAAAUCAAGUGGCGUCCUGAUGACGAGGAAUUAAAAGUCAUGGGCUCAGCCUUUCAGCCACGAUGGAAGGAGUUCUUCCGGGACCGCCCAGACAAGGCUGUUGCAAUAUUCGCCGCUGGUGCGGGGUGCUCACUCCGGAAUAUCCUCCCUCCUCGCAAUUACAUGACUGCUUCUUAUUAUACACUUUACCCCGUGUCUGUUGGAAGCGUUCAUAUCAACACGACAGAGAACGGUGGGGAACGAAUGGACUUUACUACAGGCUUCUUGGACGAUCCAUCCGAUAUUGUACCUCUCAACUUCGCGUACAAAAAGCUGCGCGAAAUUUUCCGGCGCAUGCCUUCCUACCGAGGUGAAGUCUCUGCUGGCCAUCCCAUUUUCCCAGAAGGAAGUGCUGCAUUCUGCGGAGAAGCGUCUGGGCCAGUGGAGUUGAAUGCGCCUGACAUUGUCUACACUGCUGAAGACGACGAGGCUAUCGCUAAAUUCCACCGUGAUCACAUGCAAACGACUUGGCACUCGCUUGGAACUUGCGCUAUGAAGCCAGAGGCAGACCAAGGAGUCGUCGACGCUCGGCUAAACGUGUACGGCGUGUCAAACCUGAAGGUUGCAGAUAUGUCUAUCACACCCUUGAAUGUUGGCACGAACACGUAUUCGACGGCGCUUCUCAUUGGAGAGAGGGCUGCGAUGAUCAUUGCUGAAGACUUAGGUAUUGAUUGCAUUUGA